AUGCAGCAGCGCCACGAAGUGGAGGAUGUUGUGCUGGGGAAUCAGUCAUGGGAUGACAUUAACAAGCGAUUGAUUGCAGCAGCAGGACUUGAUGUACACUGUGGGAACACUGGCACACCAAAAAGAAAGAAAUUGGCAGAGGCACUGGCAAGAAAGAAAUUGGCGGAGGCUGAGGAUGUUGCGAGCAAGAGGAAAGAAGAGGAGACCAAGCCAAGUGUCAUACCCGAUGAUUUGACUCCAAACGAAGUAAAGCGCCGUACAGGAUUUGACAAUUUACCGAAGCUGCUUGCCUAUGCCAUGGUGGUUUGUGAUGGUAGUUUGGAUUGUCUCUUUGCAACAUCGUCCAAACUCACUUGGGUUGAAGAGUGGUUGUUCUAUUUCGAGUUCAAGUAUGGUCGGACUGCUGUAAGAAUGCAAGACUUUGAGAAAGCAUACAGGAGCUCAGAAUACCCCCUUCGAAAAGUACUGAAGCAAAAGUUUUCUCUUGAGAAUGGAACACGCAAUCGGUGGCCUAUGUAUGCUACCUACAAAGAAGACGCAAAGUUUCGUGGCGAACAAUGGGAUUUCUACUUUGAUCGGCGAAGUGGGGAGAGAAUUGUUAUGCAUGAUGCAACCGGAAUUCCUCUGCCAUGUCCUUCAAAUGCAGAGCUUCAACGAGCACUUUUCAGUGACUACUAUGGUACUACAUGCGCAAAGGCAGGAGUCAGCAACCAACUUUGUGGUUGGAUGCGAGGAAUGCCUUUAAUGACUGGUAGAAUCACAGAUUCUCAGAUGAUCAAAGACUCAGACGUACUGGUGGCACAACGGAAGUUUUCAGAGGCAGAUCAUUCUUCAGACAAACCAUUCAACAAUGUACUUGACAAAGGAUUCCGAAACACCCUUGAUGCAAGCAUGGAAGGCCAACGUUGCAUGCAACCAAAGUACUCAAAAGGUGAUAUCCAAUUUACGGGAAAGGCAACUUUGCACUCUGCUAUUAUUGCUGUGAUACGAUCUGGAAAUGAGCGUGCUGUUCAACGUUGUAAAAUGUCAUGGUUCUUGAAACGUGGGUGUGCAUACCAACUGUGGGAUACUCAUCUAUUAUGUGACAUUUGGGACACUUGGACGUUUCAAGUGAACUUCAUGUAUGAUAAGUUCCUCUAG